AUGGAUCCGCUUUCGGCCGGGAUGGCAAACUUGACAUGGGCGGGCUGCAUGGAUGCUAUACGAGAUGCACUGAAACUCCUAAAAAUGUUAGCGGAGGUCAGCAAUAUGGCAGAUGUGGGAGCACAGAGCCUUGUCAAGCUGAUCGGCAAAGUCGCCAAACAGCCGACCGGCGCCUCGCAAAUGGAAAACCCCUCCAAGCCAGAUGACGGAGCUUUCUCUCAAAUAGGAGGAAGUUCGACUGAAAUUCAUUUACCAGAAUAUUCAGAGUCGGAUCCCCCAGUCCCUCUGUCUGAGCGGGUCUCGGUUGCGGCUUUUGAUGUUGAUAUGAAUAUGAACUGGGAUGCUUUGGCUUCAAAUAUUUGA